AUGAAACUCUUUACGGUAUUAUUUGUUAUCGCUUUCGCAGUUGUCCUGGUUGAAGGGCAACGAGGAUUCGGACGUCGAGGAUCUCGUGGAUUUGAUGGAUCUCGUGGACUCCGUGGACCAGGCGGACUAGGUAGACGCGGCGAUCUAGGACCAAGCCUAGGUGCUUUUAGAAGACCACCAUUUGGUGGACGUCCAGGCGGAUUUGAACAACCAGAUUUUGGAGGUUUUGGAAGACUUGGAGGUUUUGGAGGUUUUGGUGGUGGGGACUGUCAUCGCCGUCAUCAUCGCCAUCAUCAUCGUCAUCAUCAUCGUCGUUCCACCGCUGCACCAUCAACUGUCGCACCAGCAGAUUCUUCAUCAUCAUCUGCCGCUCCAUCAACUGCCACACCAGAAGCUUCUUCCUCAUCAUCUGCCGCGCCAUCAACCGCUGCGCCAUCAACCGCUGCACCAUCAACUGCCGCACCAUCAACUGCCGCACCAGAAGCUUCUUCCUCAUCAUCUGCCGCGCCAUCAACCGCUGCACCAUCAACUGCUGCACCAUCAACUGCUGCAUCAUCAACUGCUGCACCAUAA